UAAAAAAUCUAACAAGCUGUUCAAGUAAAAUAUUAUUCUGUUGAAAGAAAAAAGAAAAAAAAAAAGAAGUGAACUGAUGGGGAAGAGAAGGUUUCAGAAAGCAAAGGAACCGUCGUCAGUGACGGUAGCUGAAGCUUCAUCCCCCACGGAGUCUCAGACGACAAGGAGACGAAGAGGAAGGCCAAGGAAGAAUCUUGAGAACCCUGAAGGUUUCAAGAAAGAAGAAUCCGAAGAAGACGAGGAUUACGAGGAGUAUGAGGACGAAGAAGAAGAUGAUGAAGAAGCUGAGGUACUUAUUAACAGAGAGAAGCAGAAGAAGAAAGUUAGGAGUAGUAGUAGUGCGGAAGAAGAGCAAAAGUUGAAACAUGAAGAAUUAGAGGAGGAGGAGGAGAAGCCGGAGAUGACGACUGUAAAGGUGGUGGUUCCACAGCCGUCGUCUAGACGGUCGAGGAGGAAAAGCACGCCGGUUAAGAGUUGGUAAAUUUUUAUUACCAUUUCAAUGGAGUUUUUGUUUUUCUGUGUGUGUUUUUUGGAUUAUUGCUGCUGAGCUAUAAAUUAAUUAUAACCAUGGAAGAGAUGACAAUUGAUUUCUAAUUUUCUUGGAUAAUAGAAGUAAAAAAAAAACAAAAACCUAAUUUUGUCGAUCUGAGUAUAUUAAUUUUGGUACGUCAAGAAGAUAUAAACUAAAAUUAAUUGUUUCCA